AUGGAAGAAACCAACACAGUCCCCGAUGAUUAUCAGAAGAGAGAUCCCACUAGGGAGCCGAUGACUAGACUAAACUGGUACAAACAUUUGGAUUGGUGGGGAAUCACCUUCACAAUGAUCGUUCCUCUCUACGGCUGGUACCAGUUCUGGAAGGCGCCUCUGCACCCAAAGACAUUCAUCUUUGCGGUAGUAUUCGGCCAUAUUUCGGGAUUUUGCAUUACUGCGGGUUAUCAUCGACUCUGGGCCCAUGCAUCCUACUGUGCUACCACACCACUGAAAGUAUUCCUCGCCAUUGUAGCGGGUAGUGCCGGCCAGGGCCCGAUCGAAUGGUGGGUGCGCAGUCACCGUACGCAUCAUCGAUAUACCGACACUGCCAAGGAUCCAUACUCUGCCCACAAAGGACUUCUAUACUCCCACAUGGGAUGGAUGCUGUUCAGGAGGGAUGCCAGGAUCUACCACGGAAUAGACAUGUCUGAUAUCAACGAUGACUUUGUGGUCCGGUGGCAAAUUGUCUGUGGCCUCGGCUGGGGCGAUUGGAAAGGCGGCUUUGUCAAUGCCGGUGUCAUCCGAAUGUUUGCAGUUCAGCAGGCUACAUUCUGCGUGAACUCCCUAGCCCACUGGAUGGGGGAGCAACCAUUUCAUGAUAGAAACUCUCCCCGCGAUCACCUGGUCACGGCUAUCAUUACGCUUGGAGAGGGACACCACAAUUACCACCAUGAGUUUCCUACGGACUACCGCAACGGAGCGGGCCGGUGGCAGUGGGAUCCAACUAAGUGGGUGAUCUGGUUGUGGGAGCAGAUGGGCCUUGCAUACGACCUGAAGCGUUUUUCUACACAUGAUGUUGACAAGUGCCGUCUGCGACAGGCGCACAAGAACCAAAAGUCACACUUGGACUGGGGCUUUUCUAUGAAAGACUUGCCAAGAGUCUCAUGGAAGGACUGCAUAGUGCAAGCAAGAGACGGCAGGCGCGCACUGAUUGCUAUCGAUGGAGUGGUCCAUGAUGUAUCGAGCUUUCUGCCCGAGCACCCUGGAGGCAGUCUGUUACUCGAGAAUGCCAUCGGAAAAGAUGUCUCUGAAAUGUUCAUGGGAGGAGUGCACAUGCAUUCUAAAUUGGCUCAUAUGAAGCUUGCUGCCUUGAGAGUGGCCGUCAUUCGUGCGGCAUAAUGAUUAACAAGCAGAUAGCAUAGUUGGAACAAACCAGGUGAGCGCAAUAACUCCAGGGGUCUUGAGAGUCUUG